AUGGCUUUAACGAUUCUUCUAUUCAGAGUUUCUAAUCUCGAUGUGUCAAAGACAAAACUUCCCGAUGACCUUAACGCAUUAUUACUGUGCACGAAAAUCACAUUCCGAGGUGCCAGUCUUUGGUCAAGUGCUGUACCAAUUGAAGAUGAUGUCGCGAAUUUUCUUGUACGUGAAGAAAAACCGAGCAAAUUCGAUUUUCACUUGGCCAGUCCGCUUUUAUCUGAUGACAAGUUUCAAAUGGAAUUCUAUGUGACAACAGUGAAAAAGAAGAAGAAAAAGUUAUUGGCGGUUUUUGAAGUACUUCUAGAAUCAUUGAUCGAUCGCAAAUCGAUCGAUUUAUCGAAUGAGAAUUUGUCCGAUCCAAAUAAUUAUUUAUUAGAAGCAACUUUAGAAGCGAAACUUCAUUACAUACCACCCAAUCUUAGCAAUGAACAAGCUGUUAUGUUUGAUGAAGGACAUAUGAUGGACUGGAUGACUUCUUUCGAUGAUAAUGAGCAAGAAAACAUCCGUUCAAAACCUAACUCAAAACGACUUCGUGUAAAAUUUUCUAGUCAUAUCGAUGAUACAGACACUGAUUCAUACACGGAAAGUGACAUUCGUGAAAGUCGAAGUGCUCAUCAAAAGUUUGUAACCAUGACGGAAGAGGAGAAAUUAAAGAAUCAGUAUAAUAAUCUUGAAUUACUUGAAAAAAGUUUAGGUCGAUACGAUGGUGAUGUAUAUCAAAUGACCGAUUGGCAAAUUAUGGUACAUGUUAUUCAAGGACGAGAUUUUUCGGGAUUGGAUAUCAAUCCAUAUAUAUGUAUACAAAUUGAUGAUCAGAAACGAUAUACAGGAGUACAUCGAUGUUCGAAUUCACCUUUUUUCGGAGAAUUUUUUACAUUCGACUUUUCUUUACCGGCGACACAGAUGAUGGAAAAAGUGAUCUAUUUCAAGGUUCAUCAUGCCAAAGCUGUCGUUAGUACAUUUACAGAUACGAAAGCGAAAAGUAUAUUUAAAGUUGAUGUGGCAACAGUCUACAAUGAAAAAGACCAUGCAUUUGAACGAAAAUGGGCUCAAUUGAUCGAUCCUGACUGUAUUCAGACGAUCUGUGGUCAUUUACUACUAUCUGUUGCCAUUUCUGAACGUGGUGUUUCGUCGAAAAAUAUUCUCGGUGAGAUAACUCAAGGUGAUGAUGAAUUAAAACCAUCAAAAACUUUCAUUCCCUCUGCAAUGCCACGAAAUCAAUUUCCUGUGCAACUAAAACUGACAUUCUUCACAGCUGUCGAAUUACCUGAAAUGAUGACCGACUUUCUCACAGUUGUUUCGAAAAAGUUUCUUCGAUCAGACUAUUGGGAACCUGUUGAUCCAUACGUUGAGGUCACUUAUAAUGCUAUACAAGCUACGACUAAUCAUCGAAAUGGUACAUCACCUGUUUGGAGCGAAGCACUUUAUUUAAUCGGACAAUUUCCACCAUUAGUUCGAACGAUAAAAGUUGCUUUGAAAGAUCAUGCAGCCAUUCAACAAGAUCGAGUAAUUUCAACCUUUCUUAUUGAUCUGUUCGCAAUCAGUGAAAGCAAUCCAUCGACGGGAUUUUUACCUACAUUCGGACCAACAUGGAUGUUUCUGUAUGGAAGUCCAAGAGAAUAUAGUAUAAGUAAAGAACAUGAUGGUCUUGGUGAAGGUAUGGGUGAAGGAGUUUGUUAUAAAGGACGAUUAUUGAUGGCAAUCGAAUGUCAUCCGGUUAGUGGUGAUAAUGUAGCAAAUGUGAAUGUUCAAAAAGAAACCGGAGUGCAUUUUCCUGAUACACACCUAUUUCCUGUAAAACGAACUUUCCUUCUGUUUGGAUGCAUUUACAGCGUGUCAAUGAUUGAUAAACAGUUUGGAAAUGCCAGUAUUUCUUUCGAAUUAAGUAUCGGAUCAAGUGGAUAUUUAAACAUAAAUCAAUUAGAUGGUUCAACAUCAGCAACCUCAUUGACACUACCAUAUCCACGUUUUCCCAUUCAAAAUAAUACUCGACAUUUUUGUUUACCAAUUGAUUAUCAAAAACCGAUUUUGUUCACUAAAUACACAUUCCAUGAUUAUAGUUAUCGAAUGAUACUAUCGAAUCGAUUAAAACGUGCAGCUAUUCAUAUAUCUCACUUGAUUCGUGAAUUUGAACUGAAUAUCAAUUCGAAAGUCUCAUCGGGCGUUCUGUUAGAGAAGUAUCAACAAAUGGAACAAUACAUCUAUACACUACCGUGUGGAUGCAAUGCUCAUGAUACAGUUCAUUCAACUCUUUAUGAACUGUUAACCUAUCCGAAAUUAAAUCUACGCAUGAAUACUCUGGAUGAAAAACGACGAAAGAAAAUUCUCCAUGGUUUAGAAUCAUUGAAAACAUGGAUUACGAAAGAAGUCGACUUUAAUGAACAGAAAAUUUAUGAAACGAUCAAACAAUUACGAAAAAUCAGUCGAGCACUUCGCCAAUUAGCGAUUGAUAUUCAACCAUCAUUACCCGAUGUAUUUCUAUGGAUGAUAUGUGAUUCGAAACGAAUAGCUUAUGUACGUAUUCCACCUGAAGAUAUUCUUUUUAGUUUAUGUCAAGGAGAAAAAGGUUUAUACAAUGGACACGUGCAAACAUUCUUCCUACGGAUACCGCGUACAUCAAACCAACCGAUUAAAUCUUCAACCAAUGCAAAAGUACAAAUCUAUCUUUGGCUUGGAAUUGAAGAUUAUGAAGCAAAUAUUUUUAAACAAUUGCCAUCUGGUUACGAGAAACCUGUAUUACCGUUGACAAAUGACACAAAAUCAAUACGAUACGAUGAAAGAUCAUUUUAUGAAUUGAGAUGCCAUUGUUAUAAAGCAAGGUCUCUCAUUGCUUCGGAUGAAACUGGUUUGUCCGAUCCUUAUUUGAGUAUAACUGUUGGAAAUGAAACACAGAUAACACCGGUUUUGAAAGAAUCUUUAUGUCCGCAAUGGAAUGUCACAUUAGUCUUUCGAAAUUUAAUACAUUAUGGAAGUCGAGAAACAGCAGAAGAAAUUGUCGGAAAUGUUGUAGUAGAAUGCUACGAUUAUGAUGAAGCCGAUGAUGGACCUGAUUUGAUCGGACGAUUUUCUACAACAGCAAAGUUUGAUUCAGUGAGCGAUGAGAAGUCAUCAUCGAAUUUCCCAUUUCAAUGGUAUGAAUUUAAAUAUGACGAAAAACGAGCUGGAGAACUUCUAGCUAUCUUCGAAUUGAUUGAAAUCAAUCCAGAUCACGAGCAGAAUCAGUCACUUGAUGAAAUUGUUGUUACUCCGGAACAUUUUCCAGCAAACAUUUAUAUAACAAAAGUAUUGAAGAACAAGAUCUAUCAUAUACCACAUAUACUUAUGCCAGAUGUGAAACCUUAUGAAAUCGAAGUGAUGUUUUGGGGUCUACGUGAAUGUCGUUCGAUUAAUUUCCUACCAAUUCAGCAAGCAGAAGUUUCGAUCGAAUGUGCUGGUGCUCGGAUCACAAAAACAAUUAAAGAUGUGCAAAAAAAUCCAAAUUUUCAAUUAAUAGGCUCUGAUACGGAUAAAUAUAGGUUAAUCGUGGAUCUACCAAAAGACAAUAAUUUCUGGCCACAUUUGAGUAUUCAUUGUGUGCAACAUCGAUUGUUCGGAAUGAAAGAAAUCGUUGGAAAUCUCGUCGUCACUGAUUUACAGAAAUAUUUAGAAUCACCGAAGAAUUAUCUUCGAUCUAAAAGCGAAGAGUUCGGUGAAUCGUCUUCGAAUAGAAUCUGGUAUGAUUUCAAUCGUGUUCGUAAAUCAGUAAUCGAUGCGUAUGAAGCUGCUAUCGCUGGUAAUGAUCGAGGUGUUGCGAACAGACAACUCUCAGUUUUCGAAAAAGAAGCUGGUCUGGAGAAAGUUGUAAGUGAUAAUCAAGAAGGAUUCAAACAUACUGAGGACGGUAAUGAUGAUACUUCUAGCGAGAAAAGAAAGUUUUCAACAGCUAAUAUGAUCGAUGAUACUCAUCGUGAACUAACAAGUUCUGAUAGAUUUAGACGAAAUGAAUUAGAAAAGACAGCGACAUGGUGGAGUAAAUAUUAUGCAUCAAAAGCCAAACUUAGAUUGCAACAAAAGCCGAAGACAGAUCCUGAAGAAGAACUUCAGAAUAGUAAUGGUAUCUAUGCCGAUUUCUUUGACGAAGAAUCAAAGACUGUAGCCAAACAUCAUUGGUCACUAUGGACUAAAGCUAAACAAGCAUUCAUCCGUGCUAGAAAAGCUCGAAAAGGUUUACAGACGCUAGCAGUUCAUGGUCUCACCAAUCUCAGUGAGAAAUCCAAAACGAAGUCGGUUUUUGACGAAAGUUUAGACAUUAUCGAAACAGAUCGUUUGAAAGAAUUAACCUUAUUACAAACAUUUGAAAUUCUGGAAACUGAACUGGAAAAUAUUGAUCUUUACGAAGGCUUUAGUGAUUGUCUUGAUAUAUUUCCAUUAUAUAAAGGAAAAGGUACAAGUCGUUCCGAUGAAAUUGGUGAUGAAAAACGUGUUUACGCGAAGUUUAAAGGUAAAUUUCGUAUCCGUGAGCUAACAGGCGAACAUUCACGUCGCGGUGCAGUACUGAAUCUCGAUCGAAAUCAUCGAUCAUCUGUUAAUCCAGCUUUAUUCAAUGCUCAAAUAAAAUCCAUAGUUGAUCGAAGUUCAAGUUCUGAUAUUCGAACGAAUCAACAAAUGCUUCGUUUCGAUAUAAAUCGAAAUCCUAUUACAUUAAAAUGUCGAUUAUACAUUAUCAAAGCAUUGUUAUUUCGUGCUUGGGAUCGAUCGGGUAAGGCAGAUCCAUACAUAAAAGUUUUGUUAAAUGAAGAAACUAUUAUUGACGACGUCAAAUCGAGACUUUCGAAUACUCUUGAACCGGUGUUUGGAAAAUCGUAUGAGUUUGAUGUAACCAUUCCUCAUCAGUCUCUAUUGCGUAUUCAAGUCUGGGAUUGGGAUUUAGCAAAUGUUAAUGAUAAGAUUGCUGAAACAAGAAUUGAUAUUGAAAAUCGUUGGUUUUCAUGUCAUCGAGCAACUUGUGGAUUAGCGAAAAGAUACGACAGUGCUGGCUACAAUGCUUGGCGUGAUACGAAAAAACCGACAAUUAUUUUGGAAGAUCUAUGUCGAACGGCAAAUUUGAAUCUUCCCGUUUAUGCCGAAAACUUCUAUACAGUAACGAUCGAUAACAUACGUUUCGAUUGUGAUUCGGAAUGCAUCGAAUUUGUGACAAAUGGAACGUUAGUCGACAUGGUACAUCGUAAAGUUCAUCAUGAAUCGCCAGAAGAAUAUAUCCGGCAGAAUACAGCCUUAGGAGCGCUUCAUGGUUGGGCAAGAAAAAUCAAUUCUAAAUGUGCUCUAGUUUCUGAGCACAUUGAGUGCCGAUCAUUGUUCGAUCCAAGUUGUCCUGACGUUGAACAAGGCAAAGUAGAAAUGUGGUUAGAUUUCUUUCCGAUGUCUCGUCAACCGUCAGGUACACCAGUGGAUAUUACACCGCCGAAACCAACAUCAUAUCAAUUACGUUUAACAAUCUGGAACACAACUGAUGUCGAAUUAAAUGAUGAAAAUUUUGUUACUGGAGAGAAAACAUCUGAUAUUUAUGUGAAAGCAUGGAUCCUAGGAGAGAAAGAAGAUGGUCAACAGACUGAUGUUCACUAUCGAUCAUUAACAGGUGAAGGCAAUUUUAAUUGGCGAUUGCUUUUUAAUUUUGAUUAUAUUGACAUCGAAGAGAAGAUCGUUUACGAGAAAAAAGAUUCUGUUUUUCAAAUUGGAUCAACAGUGAAAAAGAUUCCACCAAGGAUUGUUCUUCGAGUUUAUGAUGCUGAUCUGCUCUCCGCCGAUGAUUUCUUAGGUGAAUGCAUUCUUAAUUUAACACAUUUACCAGUCGGUGCAAAAUCAUCAAGCAAAUGUCGAGCAGAUAUAUUGUUGAACUCGAAACAUCGAGCGUUGAAUUUAUUUGUCAACAAACGUACAACGGGCUGGUGGCCAAUGAUUGCACCUAUAAAAACGGGAGAAAUUCGUGAUGUAACCCUACUAGGAGGUAAAGUUGAAGCUGAACUGUAUCUUAUUACUGCUGAAGAAGCUGAACGAAAUCCUGUAGGUAGUGGACGUGAAGGACCACAGCCACUGGAUGAACCAAAUCGUCCAAAGAAUUCCUUUCUAUGGUUUACAUCUCCUUGGAAAACCUUUCGAUAUGUUAUAUGGCGUAAUUUUAAAUGGUCAAUUAUUCUCGGUAUUAUCAUAUUCUUAAUUGUACUAUUUCUUUUACUUGCUCUAUGGACUUUACCUGGUGAACUUGUGCGACAAAUAACUAAUAAUAUAUUUAAAACUACUCGAUCAACAGUCUAA